GGGUGCACUCGGUGGUUUCCGUGGGCGAGAGUCGCGUCGAGUGAUCGCGGAGCUCUCGGCUAUUUCCGGAUUGUGUCGUUUUUUUCCGGCUCCGGUGUACGGCUUUCCGAUUGCGGGUCCGGACGGUUUCGGACGAAGGUUCUCGUGUGUUUCCGGAAAGCGUGUUCGGCUAUUUCCGAUGGAUGAAAGUCAAGCUACUCGGCUCGGGCUUUCAGAAGCCGCCGCGGCUGUGGCUGCAGUGGCGGCGGCUGUGAGAGACGGCCCGGAGGUGACCUCGGUUACUGUCAUGACUGGGCCUGAAGGCAGAAACGCAGCAGGAAACGGGUACACAGAGGUUACAGUGUCCAGUGUUGGAGCCCCGGGAGAGAAUGUCUUCACAACUUCUGUGGCCAGCGCCGCCUCACUCUCUGAUCAUGUCCUUGGUGAAAGAACAUCUCUGCAAAUUGGGGACAGUCUGAGCACAGAGAAGGCCACUCUGAUUGUAGUGCACACCGAUGGGAGUAUUGUGGAAACGCAGGACCUUAAAGUGCCAUCAGCCCCCAUGACCCCAGGAUCAGAAAGACCGUCCACGCCACUGACGCCUGGAUCUGGGAAAGAUGGCACUAAAUAUAACUGGGAUUCGUCUGUUUACGAAAAUGAGUUGCCCGUACGGUGUAGGAAUAUAAGUGGCAUCCUCUAUAAAAACCGUCUGGGAUCAAGUGGCAGAGGGCGCUGUGUGAAGCACAUGGAUAGUUGGUACACACCAACUGAGUUUGAAGCUAUGGCAGGCAGGGCAAGCAGCAAGGAUUGGAAGCGGAGUAUUCGGUACGCGGGAAGACCCCUGCAGUGUCUCAUUCAGGAUGGAGUUUUGACUCCUCACGCUGCGUCCUGUACAUGUGCGGCUUGCUGUGAUGACCUCAGCCUGUUUUCUUCUCUCCAACAGAGUGGCCCUGUUCGCCUGUUUGUUCCCUAUAAGCGUCGUAAAAAGGAGGGCGAAAUACCAACUGUCCCUGCAAAAAAAGAAGCAAAGAACCUCACCCUCCUGCCCGCCACAGCUGCUGCUACAUUCACAGUGUCGUCUUCUGGACAGAUCACAGCUUCAGAAUCGUUGACCUUUGAACGUGCCACCACUGCAGAGGCAUCCGCUAUCCUGUCCGAUAGCCCACCACAGGGGGACGUAUACACUGGUGCAACAGCUGUCCAUGAAGUAUUAACGUCUCUCCCAGCAUUGGCUCUUGCACCCAGCACUCCAACAAAAGAGUCUUCUCACGGUGGAGUUAAUGGACUGGACGUAUCGGAACAGCAAAGGCAUUGGUUGUACCUGGAGGAAAUGGUUAACUCACUGAUUAGCACUGCUCAGCAACUCAAAACCUACCUGGAACAAGCAAAGAGUGAGGCUGCUCUAGAAAGGAAAGAAUUUCACAGUCAUUUGUUCCAGCAAACAGAAGAAAUGGAUGGAAAGCAUGAAAUUCUCCUUAGGCAGUCCUGUGUUAAUUGUGGCAGAGAGGCCCUAAAUGAAUGUACUGGCUGUCACAAAGUGAAUUACUGCUCCAUCUUCUGCCAGAGAAAGGACUGGAAAGAUCAUCAGCACUUGUGUGGGCAGGCGUCCACCCUUUCAGUCCAUGCUGAGGAUGUCCAUGUAACAGAUAAAGACCCUGUUUGAUGAUCCGUCGGUUACCAUGUCAUAUUGAAUAUACAAGUUAUAUUUCUGCUUGGUGACGUUUGGAAAAGAGCCUAGUAUCAUAACGAGCGGAUGUCUGAAACU